AUGGGCAAACCCUUCAGCAAACCCACUUCGAAGCCCUUCCAGAACUCCAACUUCUUCAAUUUCAAUCACACGUCCUACGCCCAACCCCCCCCAGAUGUGAACCCGGCCCCUCGACCCAGCAUCUUCGCCACGCUGAGGAAGCCCCCCGUCGCCAAGCCCAAUGAUUUCAUUCCCCUGUUCAACGACUGCAUCUCGGCCGCCGCGUCCAGAACUCAGGAGUACCUCCUCUUCACAGACCCCGAGGUCAAGUUCCACCCAAGCCCCGAGGUGCUCACUCAGGUCUUCCUGAUGACCUACAUAACCCAGAGUCUGUGCCUCAACAUGACAGACACCUUCAACUGCACCGCCAUGACCCCCGAGCAGCGCAUCCUCCUCGGGGCCGACUGGGUCUGGGCCCUGCUGCAGAAGCCCACCAAGAACCCUCGGAUCCAGAUCGCCGUGCAGGUCCUGCACCUGCCGGAGAGGGAGGACGCCGAGGAGGAGGACGUCCCCCCCGAGGGCUUCAGCGAGUCCAUCCAAAUGGCCCAGAGGGCGACGGGCAACAAGACCAUGUACGAGAGGUUAGUGGACUUCUGCACCUCGGUCGGCAAGGACUGCUACGCCCUCUUCUUGUUCUUCGGGAGGAAAAACGACAAGGGCAACAUCUACGGCGUCCUCAGCAACAACUUCGAGGCGGCCAUCGGGAAGUGCGACAGGAUCGACCGGCCGUUCAUCGAGAACUUCUUCAAAGGGUCCCGGUAUCUCCACACAGCUUCUGGAAUGAUGCAGGCCAUCGUCACCAAGAAGGAGGGAGAUCCUCUCACUCUCAUGAUGAAAUUCAGCUGAACCACAGGAACUGAUGAUACCAGAUGACACCAGAUGAUACCAGAUGACACCAGAUGACACCAGA